GUGUCAUUUUGGCGGCCAAUAUAUAUAUUUAGUGCCUAAUUAGUCAAAAAAAAAAAAUUAGUGCAUAAUUUUUUUGUCAAAUAGUUUAUUGGCUAAAAUUUAGUUGAUCGGAGUUCAAACCCCGACCCCUAUAUAUAAUGCAAUAUUCUACCAACUGAGUUAAGCUGAUAAGACAAUUUAGUGCCUAAUUAACAAAAUAAUUUGGAAUAAGAUUAUCAAUAAUACUUACAGUCUGAUACGCUCAAUGCGCCACUGUAGAUCCGCAAAAUUGAGAUUUCUGCUCCUGUUCACCAUUCCAAAACGAGUGCCAGGUUUGAUUUCUUGUGCGAUGCCGUUCCGGGAAGAACUGCUUGGCGAUUCAAGGUUAGGGUCGCUGGGAUAUGGGAAGUAACUGGUUUGAUUUCCUUUUCUUCAAUUCUGCUUUUUCAUUUAUAGUUGUUCUGACUUUGUACCUAUUGCUUCUUGUUUGGUUGAUUGGCUUGGACUGCAUCAUCAAGGGUUUGAUUUUGUUUGUUUGUUUGUUUCAUUUCAAGGUGCUAUAGGUUGGGUGCACACCUGACUACAUCUUCCUCUUGCAAACAAUUCUCUGAACAGAUCCUCAGGUUUGAGAGAAAGUCUCUACAUUUAUGCUGUUUAAUUGAGAGAAAGUCUCCUGGUCUGGGUUUGAUUGUUUGUCCGAUGUUGUUCCUGGGAGAACUGCUUGGGGGUUCAAGAUCCGGAUUUCUAAGCUUUUGGAGGUUCAAGAUCCAGAUUUCUAAGCUUUGGGAGGUUGUUUUAUUCUACUUCGGUUGAAAUGGUUCUUGUUGAUACUAAGAGGAGUUUAUGUCUGACCUAUUUGUGCAUACAAGUGACGAUCGAGUUGCGCUUCCAUGGUUAAAGUUACACUAUAGAGCAUCUGGUACCAUUUUUGUGCUUGAUCAGACAUUUGAAUGUUCAAUUGAGUGGUCUGGGCAACCUCAGAUGAUGAAUGGAGCUGGUCAAAAACUGACUACUAAUGAUGCCUUAGCGUAUCUCAAGGCAGUAAAGGAUAUUUUUCAAGAUAAGAGGGAUAAAUAUGAUGAAUUUUUGGAGGUCAUGAAAGAGUUUAAAGGACAGAGAAUUGAUACUGUGGGUGUCAUCGCUAGAGUGAAGGAUCUUUUUAGAGGUCACACAGAUUUGAUAUUAGGAUUCAACACCUUUUUGCCAAAGGGAUAUGAAAUCACCCUUCCGAUAGAGGAUGAGCAACCUCACCCGAAAAAGCCAGUUGAAUUUGAUGAAGCUAUGAGUUAUGUGAACAAGAUAAAGACUCGGUUUCGUGGCGAUGAUCGUGUUUACAAGUCAUUUCUAGAAAUAUUGAAUAUGUACAGAAAGGAAAAUAAGUCUAUCGACGCGGUCUACCAGGAGGUUGCUGCCCUCUUUGAAGACCACCCAGAUCUUCUUGACGGGUUUAUUCAGUUUCUUCCUGACGCUAUCACAGCUGCCUCUACUCAUGCUGCUGCUCGGGAUUCUGUGUUUCGUGAUAGGCGCUCUGCAAUGCCAACAGUGCGGCAAGUGCAUGUUGAAAAGAGAGAAAGGACCAUUGUUUCACACGGUGACCGUGACCCCAGUGUUGACCGUCCUGACCCAGAGCAUGAUGGACGCUUGUUCAGGGCUGAAAAGGAGCAUAAGAGACGUGUGGAGAAGGAAAAGAGCCGCAGAGAAGAUAGAGACAGGAGAGAACGAGAACGAAAUGAUAGAGAUUAUGAGCAUGACAGGGGUCGAGAUAGGGAACGGUUAUCCCAGAAACGGAAAUCUGAUCAUAAGGUUGAAGACUCAGGAGCUGAACCAUUGCUUCAUGCAGAUCAAAAUUUUGGUAUGUAUAGUCAAGAGUUAGCUUUCUGUGCUGAAGUCAAAGAGAGAUUACGAAAUCCUGAUGACUACCAGGAAUUUUUGAAGUGUUUACAUAUUUACAGCAGGGAAAUUAUUACUCGACAAGAAUUGCAGUCACUGCUUGUGAUGUUAAUAGGUACAAAACUUCAACAUGUUGUAGCCACUUUAGCACUUGAAAUCUGGGAGCAGCAGGGUCCAUCUGCCAGAACACAAGUAAAGCCACGCGAUGGUUUGUUUUGGUUCAACAAACCAGAGAUAUUGUUAUGGCUAAUACAAUUUGUGAUAUUUCAGAAUGCCUUUGAAAUGGCUUCAUUUAUUUGGACAUUGUGGGGAUUUAAAGAACAAUCAUACUUCAUGAGACACCAUUAUAUGAUCAUCAUUCGGCUGACAUGUGGAGUUUUUGUUCAGUUCUGGUGUAGCUAUAUGACAGUGCCCCUUAAUGUGAUAGUUUCACAGAUGGGAUCGCGAUGUAAGAAGGUUCUAGUGACAGAGAGUGUUAGAGAUUCCUUACACAGUUGGUGUAAGAGAGUAAAACAGAAAUCUAAGCAUGAUCAGGGACCAGUAACAGUGGUAUCUGGCACUCUAACUCGAACAACUUCCUUAGACUUAGAGUCUUUGAAUCAGAUGACAGUAACUUCAGUAGACCAGCUGAAUUUUCUGACUUCAAACAACCUCGAUGAUUCAACCGAUUUGUCAGAAUCCGUACAUAUUAAUUCACAUUACAAUAAUGUUGACAACGGAGAGGAAGCUAAAGUUGAGACUCUUCUUGAUUUGUUUCACAAAACAUGAUCAAUAUUUUGUUUUAUAUAAGUCCUACUGCAUAACAAGUUGAAAUUCUAAAGUAUAGUAUAGAUGUGCAAAUCAUUCUUAAUCGCUAUGAAGUAUAGAUGUACAUUAUAUAUAUAUCACUAUUAGAAGUAAUAAAUUUAGCACCAAAAUUUGGAAUA